CUAGUCUUCUUUCCCGACCGUCGUGAGCCUACACCAAAAAAAAAACAUUUUCGUGUCAUGUCUGCAAAACUCUACGUCGGUAACUUGAGUUGGAACACAACUGACGAUAGUCUUUAUGAGGCGUUUUCCACAUACGGGCAGGUCAUUGAUUCGAUCGUUAUGAAAGAUCGCGAGACUGGACGUUCUCGGGGAUUCGCAUUCGUUACAUACGGCACCACUGACGAGGCUCAGGCUGCGAUCAAUGGAUUGCAUGACCAGGAACUUGAUGGUAGACGGCUCAAAGUCAACAUGGCGAAUGCUAGGCCCAGUGGUGGGGGAGGUCGCGGUGGAGGUUAUGGCGGGGGUGGUCGUGGGUAUGACGGUGGCUCCGGCGGCUAUGGAAACGGCGGCGGCGGCGGCAGAUGGUGACGAAAUUUGCUUGCGACAAGGAACCCUGCAUGCUACAGGUUGUGAUAGGCCGUCUUAUGCAUUGCUGUCUGUUUUUCUUGUAAAGAUCGGUUGAUACCCUCGCCGUGGGCGCGAGAGCUCUGACUUGAUGGUUGGCUGGUGACGUUCCAACUACAUUGUAAGCGUAUACAGUAAUAGGCAACCAAUACUGGCAAAGCGGAGAAGCGACACCAACACGAUAGGGCACCGAAUUCACCUCGGUGUACUAUCCCCUUUGCCCUAUUGCUAGGCCAUAGUACAUUGUAGAGUUCUAUACUACAAGAACGGCGGCAGUCAUGAGUCUGUAACAUGGAUUUCACCUAGCUUGGGUAUCGUGUAAAUGGGACAUCGAAAACGGGGAACGAAGGAACAUGACUAUCAUCGACCUCGUAACAUCGUACAUAUACAGCGCAUCUUAAAAACAAAAGACUACAUAUGCAGUGAAUUGAACAAAAAAAAAAAAAA